CAACUUAUAAAGAACAGACUUAUUGUGUGUGACCUAGACCGGAUCGGACGUGGCUAUAAAGCCAAAGAAGAAGACAUUGUUGUUGACAGUAUGUCUUAAAUUAAAGUAAUAGCGAGUAAAGCAAAAACAUUAUUUGAAAUAAAAUGGCAAGCAUAUCUGGAUAUAUUUGAAAAUAGACGUAUAUAACAGUAUAUUCUCGUAGCAUCGUAAAAUCUUCGUAUAUAGUGCCUCUUGAUAAUGAGUUACAUUGUAAUUGUGCGCGCCUUCAAGCCAGGCGAUGAGAUAGGUUGUAAGGAAUUAAUUAGAAAUAGCGUAAUGUCUUCCCUGGGUGCCACGUUUCGUGGAAUGUUGUUUAAGGAAAUAACCUUUCAACUGAUAAUUUUACUCUCUGCAAUAAUGUUUAUUUUCUUUGGAAUGCCGCUGACCAUUUGUCUUGUGGUUAUACCUUUAGUUGUAAUAUUGGUAUAUGUUGGCACAUACAUAUGCUUUGCUGCAAAGCUAGCAGAGAUUAAUAAAGAAAUUACUAAUAUUCCAAGGCUUUAUAUGUCUAAUGGCUUUUCAUGCUUCUGGGUUGCCGAAGCAUUUCAGCCUUACUUGAUGACACAACAUCCUAACGAAGUUCAUUAUACUGUAAUCACAGAACAACAAUAUUGCCAAGCCAACAUGGAAGUUUCUUUGCAAGCCAAAAAGAUUGUGGGAACUAUUUGUUUGUCCAAGAGUUAUAGAUUAGAUAAAUGCGCAUGGAUAAAGAGACUAUGUGUGCAUGAGCAAUAUCAAAAUAAAGGUAUAGCGGCGUGCUUACUCAAUACUGCUGUACAAUUUGCAAUUGAAGCAGGAUACAGUUGUGCUAAUAUAGUGGCUUCCGAAUAUACAGAAGAUGGUAGAGAACUGUGUCUUAAAAAGGGAUUUGAAUUGAAACAAAUGUAUCGCAAGUCUAUCCUAGGAACAUACAUAACAAUAUUAAUGUAUGAAUUAUCUUAUCAAAUUAAACCUAGUGAGGAUGAUUACUUACCUCAGAUUGGAAGAAAAUUUUUAAACCUUACUAAUUAUAAAUAUUAAUGAAAUAUGCAUAUUGAUUAGGAUAACAAAUCUCUUAAAAAAGGGAUGAGACUGAUUAGACAAGUCUGUGUUCUCUAUUAAGCAAAAUGCUUGCUAACCAAAUAGUGAUCUUUACCUCAGAGUGAUAUAUAUUAGUAUUAUUCAAUCUUAUAAUUUAACCAAAAAAAUAAUGUUUAUUAUUUUUUUAUGAAAUGUUUACUAGAUAUUUCAAAUGUUGUACAUGC